AUGUCAGGAUUGCCGGACAUCAACGACCCAACAGCGAUAGCAGUCUGGAAUAGAGCUGCUGCUCGCCUCGUGCGGGAGACCUUGGAGAGAAUCAUGACUUCGUCUGCGUCAACCGCUACUCCCAUGAAGCAUGCCUUCGAAAGGCGUGUUCAGGACGUCAAGUCGCCCAAGAGCGACAUCAACGCCCUGAUCCUCGAUUACUUGAUGAUGGAAGGAUACUCGGGCGCGGCCUCCAGGUUCUGUAAGGAAGCCAACCUGAGUCCGUUCCACGUCGACGAGACCAUCAAAACUCGCCAACAGAUACAGAAGGCGAUCCACCAGGGCAAUAUCAGUGGUGCGAUCGAAGAGUUGAAUGACUUUGAUUCCGAGAUCUUGGACAGGGAUCCUCAACUGCACUUUGCCCUGCUGCGUCUUCAGCUCGUUGAGUUGAUUAGGCAGUGCACCAAGAGUGGGGAUAUCACACCCGCUCUUACCUUUGCCACAAACCAUCUGGGCCCUCGUGCCCCUACAGACCCUCGUUUUCUCAAGGACCUUGAAGAAACGAUGGCGUUGCUCAUUUUCCCGCAUAACGAUCUGGAACCCGCAUUGGCUGCUAUCCUGCACCCGGAUUUAAGACGAGGUGUGGCGGACGAUGUCAACAAGGCCAUUCUGCAGCGCGAGUCGCAACGUAGGGAAGCCUCAAUUCGACGGCUUGUCAGGAUGCGCCAGUGGGCCGAAAACACUGCCAGAGCCGAGAAAAAGGCUCUCCCCGAGAGGAUAGGGCUUGGUCUCGGCGGAGACGACAGCGAGCACGACCACAUGGUUCUUUCCUAG